AUGUAUUCUCACGGUUCCGAAAGUUUAAUUAAACAAGCAAGAGAGAUUCAGGAGUCUGAGUUGCAAAAGUUUUAUAACAGAUUAAUCAAGUUGCUGCAAGGAAAAGAAUAUGGGCACGAGACUGUGGACUCCUUGCAAAGGCUGCACCUAAUUCUCUCUGCCACCAAGUACACAAGGACGUUGCCACUCGAGCUUCAAAAGAGGCUUCUACCGCUCCUCUUUUCACCUGUGGAGCAGCUUCAGGUGCUGAGCUCAGCUGUGCUCAGAGAGGCACUGCCUUUCACUGGUCAGGCAGACAUCUACAAGCAGGACAGCAAUGGUCAGCUGAAUAGCCAUGCAGCAGCACUGCUGCUCUCUCAGGCUGAAUCCCGAGAUGAUUUGUCAGCUCUUUGCGCUCAGCUCCUCCGCAGUCUGGAAAACCGACCCUCAGAGGGGCCGAAUUACUCAUUCACACAUACCCUGCCAAUUGUCAACAUCAUCCUUACACACAGCCCUGAGAGUCUUACAGAAGAUAACAUAACCCUUCUAAGUAAAAAGCUUGUUGAUUGGCUGCGGUAUGCAAGCACUACGCAAGGAGGUGGGGCUUCUUCAGGAGGAUUCUUCACUGGAUCCAGGUCACGUCAGCCGCUGCCAAUAGCGGAGCUGGAUGGGACGGUGUCAGGAGAUUUCUUCACAGUGCUGUGUGUAGGUCAAGUUUUUACUGAAGACCAGUGGAUGAAUGUUUACUCCUUUUCCAUGCUACGACAUUGGCUCCUCACCUUCCACUCUGUGUCUGGUGGCACCAUAACAGACGCUGCAAACAAGUUACAGCUUAGUCUUUCCCUCUCUCACUCAUUUUCAAAUGACGAUAGGUCGGAGAUUGACGGGUCUGUGGUUUCCAUGGUUUCUGCCACAUCCUCCUCCAGCCGCCUGCUUCCACCGAAGGAACGCCUAAGAGAAAAGGCCUUCCAGUACUGCCAGCGCCUCAUUGAACAGAGUGAUCGCAAGGCCCAGAAGAGGACAGAUAUGGAUCUACAAAAAGCUUGUCUUGUGGAAGCGGUGUCUAUCUUGGACUGUGUGUGCGUAGAGGAUGCGUCCUUUGUCUACCGGGUGUUCCCGUGUAUUAAGGCGCUUUUUGGUCGUCUCAGCUCAGACUUGACAUUCACCAGAGUCCUACUGCCCGUGGCACAGUUCUAUCUCAAUCAUGGUGAAAUGGCUGCUGUAGACUGUGACUAUGUAUGGAACCUAGUGCUUGGUCGGUACCCAGCCGAGCUCUUUAAUGACCCUUUUUUAGCCCACGAGCUUCUGCGCUUUUUGCGACUAAACCUCGAGAAUGUGCAACUCCAAGUUCCCCAGUACACACGCAACUUUCCAAAUAUUCUUAAGUUCUUAGCGUGGGACAGCCCUGCGGUAGUGGAUGAUUUUGUUGAUCUGUUGCCCUCUAUGGUGACACCGGCUAGUGCGCUGGAGCUUCUGCAUACUUUGUUGGACCUCCCCUGUCUCUCUGCUACCCUGCUCUUGCAACUCAGGUCUAUGUUCCUUCCCAUUUCUGAUUCGGGAGGUCGCAACCUGGCAUUAAUGGACGCAUUCCGAAAUCCGUCUUACAGAGGCCUAUUUCUUUUCCUUCUUCGAAGUGAAGCAGGCUCAGGUGACACGAUUGACCGACUGAGCACACUCCUCGAGCUGUUAUCCGAGGCUGCAGAUUGGCCGAGAGUUGUUCAGUGUGCCCAGAUCGUCCCUAUUCUGCUCCACAUUUUCUUCAACACAGUCGUCAAAGUGGCUGACAAGAAGCUUUUAGGCCAAGUGAUUCUGGUACUCCUGGAGAGAAGUAGCCUCCUCCUUAACAUUCCUAAGUACAUCACAGAGAUACACAGGGUGUUCAGCCUACAGCUUACGAGCUUGUGCAAACUUCACCCCUCUUUGGUUAUGGACCAAUCCCACGAGCUGCUGGAGUUUGCUGGAGCCACGUCCAAUGUUUACAGCAAACAAGAAAUUUACACACAUGUGGUUUUGGUGCUUGGCGAGUACCUUUCUGUGUCAUAUGACGCUCGUUGCUCCGUGAAGCUCAUCACUUCCUGUUUUGAGACUUUAGAAGCAGUGUUGUUUGAGAUCACAUCAUCUGCCCCGCCUCCUGGAGCCAGCUGCCCCGCCCCUCGCGUCAUCACCACUCUGAUAAGCGCCCUUGCUAAGCUGGCAUCACGAUCACAUGACCUAAUACCCAGGGUGUCCCUGUUCCUUUCUAAACUGAGGAAAGUAUCUAGUGGUGGAUCUGUUUCAUGGUGCGAGGACGAAGAGGACCUUGCUUCCAUAGUAACUCUUGGGGAGGAGUUGUGCGCUCUCCUGAAGACUCCUGGUGUUGCACAAAGCGUCCUGAACCCACCACCGCACGUCACUACACCGCAGUGGCACCAAGACGCCAACGUGGCCAUGCCGCUCCAACUGCGAGCGCUCACAACACUCAUGCAGGGGCACACGUCACGUUCUCAGCAAACGCCUACUUCUCCGUCACCCUAUACAAGCAUGUAA